CUCAGAUCUUCUAGUUAAAAACUUUACUCCAUGCAUAAAGUUGAACUUGACCAUGAAAGUCAGUGUAAUUGCUUGUGUAGCAGGACUUGUUGGAGCUAUUGGGCUGCUUCUGUUUUUAGUAGCAUUUGGGACGGACUACUGGCUCCUAGCAACUGAGAAUUGUGAAAUAUAUGAACACCAUGCCGAGGAUGCCAUGUCCAAGCUGUUAGAUGCCACACUGAAUGGGCAAACAUUCAAAGGACAUGAUAAAUUGGCCAUCACCUUUCACCAUGAGGGCUUCAUUUGGCGCUGCUGGUUCACUGAAGACAUUUCCCAUGAUAGUAUCUGGAAUUUCUGGUUCACAAACCAACCCCCAUCCAAGUACUGUGUCCAUGGCUAUCUUUUCCCUUUUCCAAUCACAAUGGGACCUAUAUCUUCAUAUGACAGUACUGCUGUGUAUCGAGGUUUCUGGACAGCUUUUAUAGUACUGGGACUAGUUGUUGCACUUGUCGGAGGAUUUCUAUUGGUUUGUGCAGUGCCGUUUGUGAAUGCCAAACUCUAUAAAUUAGGAGGUGGAUUCCUUUUGGCUUCUGGAAUUUUAUUUUCCAUACUGAUAUUCCUGUUUGUGAUAUGGAAGGAACUUGUUGUGGAUUUGGAAAGAUACGUACUCCUGGAUAGAAGGAAUAGCUGCACAGAUAUCCUCGUCCAUGUGCAGUACGGAUGGUCAUUCAUGUUUGCAGCAGCUGGGAUUCCUUUGGCCUUACUUGCUGGACUAUUAUUUUAUGUGACUGGCCACACCAUUGACGCCCAUAACAAAUAAGGCACAAAUACUCGUGAACGGAGCAUGAAGUUCUCGUGUGGUGCUAGAUUAGGUGCAGUGGCAAAUCAGAAGUGGUCUUCAAUGCUCCAACAUAUUUGAUGUUACAGAAAUGUCUAUCUUGUUUUGAGAUUCAUGGAGAGAUGAGGCCUAGGUCCAUUUUCAGAAAAUAUUUUGCUGCGGUCUGGUGACACUUGAGAACACAGGAAUUUGUUUUGACGCCAUUGACUGUGCUGAGGAGAAUCUUUCAGUCUAGAUUGCAAUUAAUCAUUUUAGCAAGUAAACACUGCACACAUUCAUUUGGCAUUUCUUGGCCCACUGUUUUAACUCAGGCAUUAACUUCAUAAAAUAAGCUGACAGAGAAAUGUCAUUCAACCUAUCCGAUUGUUCACCCAGUACAAUUAUCAAAAGGAAUUCCUCAGUUUUGAUCUGAUAAAGACAUGUCUUUUGUGUUAGAUUUUCUAAAAAUCAAGCAAUAACUGAAAUUAUGGUUUCAAUAAUGCUUUUAUUCCAUGACAUUCUACUGAAAUAAAUCAUACUAUUUUGAAUAACCCAGAUACCACAUUUGUACACAUAGGUAUCUUAAUAUGCUUUUCUCAUAAUUUUACAUUUAUUGCACCAGAUACAGUGUCGAUGUUUUCAGUAGCUAUUAUUCAAUGAUUGGUUGAUGUGGAAUAAAAGCUUUACAGUAAAUGGCAGCUGACUUUAAUGUGUUUCUGAGCACCUCUUUAUCCACAUACUCUAGCUGAAUGUGAAAAUGCAUCCAUGUAUUUAGACCAAUGACUGUUGGUGUAUUAUAAUGUGAAAAAUUUAAUAGUUAUGCUUCGAAAACAGAUAAUAGCUUAAUAACAGCUCUUAUAGUUCAAGAAGCCAGCUGGUGUGUUGCUGUUGGUAUGUUUAAAUUUGCUGUUCAACUUUCAAACUCUUUCCACCGUGAUGCCAGUACUGUAACGGGUGUGCUGACAAAAACUAUGUUACUGCGCCAAUUUUUAUGGCUUGUU